AAGAAAAAAAAACAAGAUUGUUGAAAGCCUUGUUCACUGUAGCUCUGUCUUGUUCUCGCCAUUACAGUCCAAAAGUUAGCACUAGCUUUUUUAUGUGUGAACAUUCUUCACACUUUCAGUACUCUUUUUCUUUCUCCUUAAACCCCUUUUCGGUUACACUUGUAAUCCAUGCAUAAAUUUCCCCCAUCUGUUACUAACUCUCAUCUCCCCACCAUCCAACCCCCCAUUUUCAAAUGUUUGUGAUUUAUUAUGAUUAAUCAUCAUCAACACCGCUUCUUCUUGUCUUUUUAAAGACUUGGUUAGGAAAUUUCACUGAACCAACAUCAAUGGAGUCCAUCACUGUCCAAUUUCUGCUACUCAUAAAAUUGUUUAUGUUCAUUAUUCCAGCUAGUUCAUCUAGCCGGGAUAUAGCCAUUUUACUCAGGGUUAAGUCAGGUCAGCUUGGUGACCCAAAUGAAUUUUUAUCCAAUUGGAAUGAAUCUGCUGCAAAUGCACCUUGUAUCUGGAAAGGCAUUACAUGUGACAAAAAAACAGGUCAGGUUGUAUCCAUUGAUUUCGAAAGUUUUGGAAUCUCAGGUCAUUUUCCGGCAGACUUUUGUCGGAUUUCAACUUUACAGAAACUCAAUCUUGGUGAUAACAGCUUUGGUGAUUCCAUUUCAUCUGAUUCUUGGUCCCUCUGUUCACAUCUACAUGUUUUGAAUCUUUCUUCAAAUUUCUUUGUUGGUCAGUUACCUGAGUUUAUUACCAAAUUUGACAACUUGACCUCUCUUGAUGUUAAUUCAAACAAUUUCUCUGGUGAUAUUCCAGCGAGUUUAGGCAGGUUACCCAAAUUACAAGACCUCAACUUAGCCAACAAUCUCCUUAAUGGUUCAAUACCUGAGUUCUUGUUUAAUCUUACCGAGUUGAAUACAUUGGUAAUUACUCAAAAUCCGUUUAAACCAAGUUUAUUACCUUUCUCAAUUGGUCGACUUGGUAAACUUAGAGUUUUCUAUGCUCGGUCUGCGAAUCUUAUUGGGAAUAUUCCAGAUUCCAUUAGAUACCUGAAAUCUAUUCAGAAUUUUGAUGUGGCAAACAACAAUCUCUCUGGAAAGAUUCCAGAAAGCAUUGGAGAACUGAAAAGUGUACAGCAAAUAGAGCUCUUUGCAAACCAUUUUUCAGGUGAAUUGCCAGACAAGUUUUCAGGUCUUGGUUCAUUGUUCAGGUUUGACGCUUCACAGAAUAAUCUCACUGGUAAAAUACCUGGUACCCUUGCCCGUUUGCCCCUGGUAUCUCUUAAUCUCAAUGAUAACAAUUUAGAAGGCGAGAUCUUAGAAAGUUUAGGUCUUAAUCCAAAUCUUAGUCAGUUUAAGCUGUUUAACAACAGUUUUUCAGGUACUUUACCUCAUAAUUUUGGUGUAAAUUCAGAUUUGGAUGAGUUUGAUGUCUCUGGUAACAAUCUAGAAGGUUCUUUGCCGCCUAAUCUUUGUUCCAGAAAGAAACUUAGGAUUUUGAACCUGUUUGAUAAUAAAUUCAAUGGGUCAAUCCCAGAAUCCUAUGGAGAGUGUAAUUCACUAACUUAUGUGCGUAUGUAUAACAACCAAUUCUCUGGGGAAUUACCAACUGGUUUCUGGGGGUUUGCUGGAUAUACAUUUCUUGAACUGCGGUACAAUAACUUUCAAGGUUCAAUUCCUGCUUCAAUCUCCAAUGCUCGAGGCCUAACACAAUUUCUCAUAUCUGGGAACAAAUUCUCGGGGGAAUUGCCAGAAGAAAUAUGCAAAUUGGAAAAGGUUGUGAUCAUGGACAUAAGCAAGAAUCAAUUAUCAGGGGAGUUGCCUUCGUGUAUCACAAGAUUGAAAACGUUACAAAAGCUUGAUCUUUCAGAAAAUAGGAUCACGGGUCAACUUCCCAAGUCAGUUAGUACUUGGAAUGACUUGACUGAAUUGAAUUUAGCUAACAAUCAAUUGACAGGUGAAAUUCCUGGUGAGCUUGGGAUGUUACCGGUCUUAACCUAUUUAGACCUCGCUGGUAACUUGUUUUCCGGCGAAAUUCCGUCUGAGCUAAGCAAGCUCAAGCUCAACAAAUUCAAUGUAUCAAAUAACAGGCUUGAAGGGAAAGUGCCACUUGGGUUCGAUAAUGAUUUUUUCAUCUCGGGUUUAAAGGGCAACCCAGAUCUCUGUAGUCCGGAUCUUAAACCUCUGCCCCAAUGCCCAAGAUCCAAAAGUGUAAGCUUGUACUUGGUGUGUAUUUUAUCAGCUUUUGCCUUCAUACUUGUUGGGUCACUUGUUUGGGUCUUACUCAAGCUGCUACCCCGUAGCAAGCGCAGAAGUGUAUGGAGAAUUACAGCAUUCCAACGGGUUGGGUUCACAGAGGGAGACUUGUUAGCUUCACUGACAGAUGACAAUCUCAUUGGGGCUGGUGGGUCGGGUCGGGUAUACCGGGUCAGACUGAAAAACGGGAAUAUGGUCGCAGUGAAGAAGCUUUGGGAAACUAAACGGGAAAGAGAAUCCGAGGACGUGUUCAGGUCAGAAGUGGAGACAUUAGGGAGAGUCCGGCAUGGAAACAUAGUGAAAUUAUUGUAUAGUGGCAUUGGUGAUGACUUCAGGAUAUUGGUGUAUGAAUUCAUGGAGAAUGGGAGCUUAGGAGAUGUAUUACAUGGGGAAAAAGGUGGCGAGCUUUUGGAUUGGCCAAAGAGAUUUGCCAUAGCAGUUGGAGCAGCUCAAGGAUUGGCCUAUUUGCACCAUGAUUCUGUGCCUGCAAUAGUGCACAGAGAUGUUAAGUCUAAUAACAUUUUGUUGGAUGAGGAUUUCAAGCCAAAAGUGGCUGAUUUUGGGCUGGCUAAGGUAAUGCAACGGGAUACUGAGGAGAGUGAUCAAGCCAUGUCCCACGUUGCUGGUUCGUACGGCUACAUUGCACCUGAAUAUGCAUACACUCUGAAGAUUACCGAGAAGAGUGACGUUUAUAGCUUUGGUGUGGUAUUGUUGGAACUAAUAACCGGUAAAAGGCCUAAUGACUCCUCUUUUGGUGAGAACAAGGACAUUGUCAAGUGGGCUUUAGAGGUUGCAACGUCGUCUAAGAAAAACGAUGGAACUGGCCAUGUUACGGGAUCAAGUGGUAUACUUGAUUUGAACCAGCUAGUCGACCAGAGAAUGAAUCCAACUGCAAGCAAUUACGAAGAGAUUAAAAAUGUUUUUGAUGUGGCUUUGCUUUGCACUUCAGCAAUUCCCAUUAAUAGGCCCUCCAUGAGAAUAGUUGUUGAAUUGCUUAAGGAUAGCCCCUUUGCUCGUUCUAAAUCAAUCCGAUAGCUUUUCACAGUUUCGACAUGUCCUUGCUUAAGUACUCUAAUACUAGUGUAGACUGUAAAAGAACGUGUGCUAUUAGGUGUUUGUUGCUUAAUGUCUGCUUGAUGGGGCUUUUUUAAGUGUCAUCUGGCAAGAUUUAUAGGUUGAUUUAGUUUGCUGUUCUGGUUAA